AUGAGAGUGAAGAUUUCCAGAAGCUUGCAGAAAGGGAAAUCGCCUCCUGUGAAGAAGAGAUAGCGGAACUGAAACACCAGAUAGUGUUGCUUUUGAUUCCUUCAGAAGAAACAGACAGGAGUGAUCUUGUCAUGGAAGUCACUGCUGGAGUUGGAGGGCAGGAAGCCAUGCUGUUCACCUCGGAGAUAUUUGAUAUGUAUCAACGAUAUGCUGCCUAUAAAAAGUGGAAAUUUGAAAUAUUAGAAUACUUUCCCAGUGAAAUAGGUGGCCUACGACAUGCAGUUGCCAGUAUAGCAGGUCUUGAGGCUUACAAAUACAUGAAAUUUGAAGGAGGAGUGCAUCGUGUUCAGCGGGUGCCAAAGACAGAAAAACAAGGACGCAUUCACACCAGCACAAUGACUGUUGCAAUAUUACCCCAACCCACUGAGAUGAGGCUGCAAAUUAAUCCGAAAGACCUACGGAUAGAAACAAAGCGAGCUACUGGAGCUGGAGGCCAGCAUGUCAAUACCACAGACAGUGCAGUACGGAUAGUUCAUAUUCCAACAGGGAUCACGUCUGAAUGUCAGCAAGAACGAUCUCAAAUUAGAAACAAAGAGAAGGCUAUGCAAAUGCUGUGUGCUAAAAUAUACAACGCUAAACUGGAAGAAGAAACAAAAAAGAGAAACAGUGUCCGAAAGAUUCAAAUCGGGACUAAAGGAAGAUCGGAGAAGAUCAGAACAUACAACUUUCCACAGGACCGGAUUACUGACCACAGGAUAAGCAGAUCAGUGCAUCGUAUUGAGUCUUUCAUGCUAGGGGAAGAAAUGCUAGAUGAAAUGAUACAAACUCUGAAAGAAUAUGCCAGUUAUGAGUCCUUAAUGGAAAUUAUUUCAGAAAAUGAAAAAAAGAGUCUAUCCUGAAUGUUGCUCUUUGUCAGCCCAUUACAAGAGAUGUAGAUGUUUGUCUGCAAAGGAGCUUCUUGGAGCACCAUCCAGAAAAUACAACUGCUUUUCAAAUCAUGAAAGUCACCACAACUUGUUUCCUCAUGACUGAUAAACAGUUUUCUUACUUGCUGAAUAAAA